GCUGAGCAGAUAAUUGAAAGGUUUCUGUCCGACUAGCUGAAACUAGUUGGAAAACACAAAGGACGAGAUAAGAGCACAGUGCUUACUGCUGCCUGUACUUCUACUAUAUACUCAUUCACGACCAGGACCAGGGGACUGAGAGAAGAGCCAGGGCACAGGAUGGACUUGCGAGCUUUGUGUGUGAUCGUGUUGGUGGCAAUUCUUGCUGUGAGUUCUCACGCUGCUAAAAACAAAAAAGACAAAGGUAAGAAGGGAGCAUCGGACUGUGCAGAAUGGAAGUGGGGCCGUUGCAUCCCUAGCAGCAAGGACUGUGGUGUAGGCACCCGGGAGGGAACAUGCAAAGAAGAGACACGUAAACUUAAGUGCAAGGUCCCCUGUAACUGGAAGAAACCAUUUGGAGCUGACUGCAAGUACAAGUUUGAGAACUGGGGUGAAUGUAAUGCGGAAACUGGUGUGAAGAGCCGUUCUGGAACCCUGAAGAAGGCUCUAUACAACGCAGAGUGUGAGCAAACAGUGCAGGCCACCAAACCAUGUUCCAUCAAGACCAAAACCAAAGGCAAAAAAGGUAAAGGAAAGGACUAGACCAUGAGCAGCUGGCACCCCAAGAAUGGUCCCAGGAACGGGUUCAGCACCCUCAAGAAUAAUGGAAUCUGCAGAAGCCCCUUAAAAACCUGUCUCCAACAUGCACUCUAUCCUGACCUCCCCCGUCUCGCUCCUCCCAAUAUUUCUAUUUUUUAAUCACUAAUGUCUUUAGGAAGAAAGAAGAAAUGUGUAAAAAGAAAAGAAUCUUAUCUGUCCUCUGACAAACUUAAAACUGUCCCCGAGCCCCCCUGCUUCCAUCCUACAGUCCUGUCCAUCAUUCCUCAAAUAUAUAAACUACAACCCCUUCUCCCUAUAUGUGCUGUACGUGGUUUCAUAUUUCUGUGUUUUUUUUAGGAUAUUUCUUUUCUUGUUUUGUUACUUUUUUUUUUGUUUUUAAAUAAAUGUACAGUUUGAAUUUGUAAA